AUGAUUGCUGGGCCGGGUGUCCUUGUCCCACCUCCUCUGCACGCCGCCACCGGUACUGGCGCCUACAUGCCCGCGGUGGGGCCUUAUGGCGCGCCCCUUGCACAUCCUGCUCCUUUCGCGGGGCUCUCACCGCCGCUGGGCUACAUGGGCGUGCCUCCGCCUGUGGCGGAGGAAGCGGGGGAAGGAUGGGAUGAAGAGAAUACUGAGGCGGAAGAGAUGGCGGAAGAGCGUCCCCCGACUCUGAAGAGCGUUGGGCGGAGCAAGAGCUGGGGGCAAGGGCUGUUCGACGGGAUCAUGCGCCUGGUGCGGAGCAAGUCCGGCCGGUUCGAAAGAGAGGAGAAAGUGAAGGAGAAUGGGCAGGGUGAUGAGGCAGGACAGGAGCAGUAUGAGAGCAAGGAGUGGCACGGGGAAACGGAGAAUGUGGAAGGGGGGAAGAAAGACAGGAGGCUUAGGAGAGGAAGGAGCAUUGGGAACUGGCUCGGACUGGGAGGAGACCAUGAGGAGACGUCAUUUGAUGUGGAGGGGACGGGUGUUAAAAUGGCAGGGAACGGUGACCUGGCUCAUAAUGGCUAUGGGAUGGGCUGGGGUAUGGGCUUUGCUAGCGCCAAUGAUAUGGAUAGGGUGACAGGAGCAGCACCAGGUGCCGGCAUCAAAGCCAUCGCCCCGCAACCGAUAGUCCAGCACCGUCCACUUAACACCGUCAUGGCGCAUCGACGCUGCUCCGCACUCCUGCCGCGGAGGAGCACCAAGGGUCGGCGGGGCGACCUCCGCCCCGCGUCCUCCGCGCACCUGCCGCUGCUCUGCGCGUGCCUAUUCUUGCUGCUACUACAGAAACCACUGCGCGCCGAUGCCGCCGUCACCGACGUGUACAAGCCCUUCUGCGACAGCAGCAGCUACGUGGAUCCUCCACCCAGCGGGUGGAAGAAGUGGAGCGACCCGGCGACGUGGCCGGCGGGGAAGGUGCCGGGCGUGGGCAUGAGCAUGGGCGUGAACGCCACCGUGCCGUGCGGCGUGGGUGUGCUGCUGGACACCAACGUCACGCUCUACCUCCUCGAGAUCAACGGCUGGCUCAAGGUGGAAGCGCUUGGUCCGCUGCAGGUAAUGGCGGCGUUCAUUUUGAAUCAAGGCCGCGUCACCGUCGGCACCGCCGCGGCGCCGUACCGCGGCUGGCUAACAGUCAACCUAACCGGCGCCGCCAACGAGCUCACCAUCACGCGGCCCCCCGCCGCGCCGUCCCAGCCGCGCUCCGUCGGCGUGCGAGUGUUCGCCACCGUCGGCGGGCGGCUCGAGCUCAACGGCAUGUACGGCAACGCGCCCUCGUGGACGACGCUCGCCGCGACUGCCGGCGCGGGCGCGACGAGCAUUCGGGUGAAGGGCGACGUGACGGCGUGGCCGGUGGGCGGGGUGAUUGCCAUCGCGUCGACGGAUUUCGACCGUUACCAGGCGGAGAACUUCACGAUUACGUCUGUGGCUGCUGGUCCGGGCAACACGACGGUGCUGGGGCUGGGGGGCGCGCUGGCGUGGAUGCACUGGGGGGAGGCGGUGACAUCCGGCGCGGCGGCGGGGGCGGGCGCGACGGUGGACGAGGCGGCGGAGGUGGCGCUGCUGUCGCGCGCGAUCGUGAUUCAGGGCCACCAGAACCCCGAGGACCCGCUGAUCGGCGGGCAUUUCAUGGUGAUGCAGACGGCGGAGCGGCAACUCAUCAAAGGCGUCGAGCUCGUCAACAUGGGCCAGCAGGGCAGCCUCGGCCGCUACCCCGUUCACUUUCACCUCUGCCAGGAUGUCACGGGCUCGGUGGUUAGCAGCUGCAGUGUGCAUGAGAGUAAUCAGCGGUGCUACGUGGUGCACGGCACGUGGAAUCUGCGGCUGGAGUGGAAUCUGGGGGUUAAUACCAAGGGGCAUUGUUUCCUGCUGGAGGAUGCGAUUGAGUUUGGCAACACGUUCCUCAACAACCUUGGCUUCCUGCAGGAGCCAGUGAAGCGUCUGCUGCAGCCCACGGACGCCGUUCCAGCCACACAGAGCGACGACGCGCCGUCCACGUUCUGGAUCACCAACCCCAACAACACCUUCAUUGGGAAUGUCGCCGCCGGCUCGUUCGACUCGGGCUUCUGGUUCCAGCUCCCGGGGCGGGUGGAGGGGCCGUCCGCGCUCUUCCCCAACGCGGCAGGGGUGACGCCGUUCCUGAUCCCCCUGGGCCCGUUCGUGGGCAACGCGGCACACUCCAACGGCCGAGCAGGGCUGCGCACGUACCCCUCGGGGUACCGCCCGCGCCUCAACGGGGGGGUCUCCAACGUGCAGGACAAGUCCGGGAUCAACGCGCCGCAAGUGAACAUCACAAUGACCAGCUUUCGGGCGUACAAGAACCAGUUCACAGGCAUGUUCAUCCACAAUUCGGACGGCGUGCACAUAAGGGGAGCGCGGGUGGCGGACAAUGCUGUGGUGGGCAUCGAACUUAACCGCGACCAGGCCGUUGUGAUAGCGGACUCGGUGUUCAUAGGCGAGUCGGCCAACGUAGGCAACCCCACCAUGUGCGACAACCCCAGCAACACCUUUGGCGGCUGCAAGGCGCUCGCCUCCGCUGGCGUCUGCGACCUGCCGCUGCCACUCGCCAAGGCGCGGUCCAACAGUCGCACAGUGAGUCGCUACGCGCCCAAGUACGGCAUUCUAAUCGACCAGGCGGACCCACCGGCCCACGGGUGGAGCAUGGGCGUGCCUCACCGCAUCGUCAACUGCUCCUUCUCCGGCUACUACCCGCGCUGCCACCCCGCUGCUGCCAUCUCCCCCAACGGGCAUUCAGCGUACAUCUGGCCGGCAACAUACACGAGCAGCGCUCUCACCUUCCCUGACGCUGCCUCCCCUGCGCUCUACCUCGUGCCGCGCAACCGCGGGCAGCUGGGCUUUGACGGCGGGUACGGGGACGCGGGGCCGCUGGCGGGCACGUAUGUGUGGCGCGACGAGGACGGGUCUGUGGUGGGCGGAAGUGGAGGGUUUGCCGUGGCGAAUAACACCGCUCUACUGCCGGCAGGGGAUGUGUGUGUUGCGAAGCCCGAGUGGAACGGCUAUGCAUGUCCAGGCACGUGCUACCGCACAGUCUCCAUCCAAGGGGGUAGCGCCGACUUCACACUGGUCCCAGCCGGAGGGAGCAGCAGCAGCAGCAGCAGCAGCAGCAGCAGCAGCAGUGGCGGGGGGAGCAUAUCGAGCAAUGGCGCGCAGUUUGCGAACGUGCUGGCGGGGAGAGCGUAUGUGGUGACUUCUGGAGGGAGCGGCUCUGGUGCUGCUGCUGCUGCGCCAGCGUCGUACACGGUGUCGUAUGCGGAUGGGGGGUUUGGGUGCACGCUGCCCGUGGUGCUGCAGUUCCCGCUGCCCCGGGCGGGAUACACGUGGCAGCUGUCUCCCUCCGAUGACAUCUUCUGGCAGGCGUGCAGCGGAGUGACUGUACCGUUUGCGACAAUAGCCCAGGCGCAGUGGCUGUGUCUGGACGCUGCUCCCGUGCUGCAGGUGUCCCUCGGUGCCAACUCCUCCGCUACUGUUGUUCUCACACAGGUCCCCGGCAAAUUCUCCUGCGUGAACAUUCAAUGCGGCAUAAUCCCGCCCUCCGCCAACUGGAGCUACAGCGACGCCAUGAAGUACCCGCCUGAGUUCCUCGCGUACGCGCCGCCCGCCAGGUGGAAGGUGGGGCGCGCGCCCUUUGGCUACGGCGGCCAGGGCGAGGUCACCACCGUCGCACACGCUGGCCCGGGCGCGCUGGCGUGGUAUUUCCGCGCGUCCUUCUCGCUCAAGUACGCGGGGUGUUACCGCUCGCUGCUGUUUGGCUACAAGGCGAGUGACGGCAUAGUGGUGUAUGUCAACGGCGCCGAGGCCUUCCGCUCCAACAUGCCCGCUGCUUCCUCCUCCACGCCUGUCACCAUCUCCACGCCCGCCGUGAUAGACGCGAGCCCACGAGCCCCGUGGUCCACAACAAUAGUACCAGUGAGCGACGUGCGGCUCAUGUCAGGGCGCAACUCCAUCAUGGUGGAGCUGCAUGCCACGCAGGCGUACGCAUGGGAGGUGCACCUCAACAUGUGGGUUGCUGCUGUCGGCUCCAGCUGCCCCCUCACGCGCUUCUUUGACCAGCGCUCCUCGCUCGCGUUCACUGCUGCCGCUGCUGGUAUUGGCGCUGGUGCGUCUGCCGGCAAAUGA